CGGGGUUUGGUUUGUGUUUACAGCAGUCUGAGUUCUAUUGCUGGUUAAUGUAAUACGAUGUUAUGUCAACCAUCUUCGGAAUAAACGCACGUUGUGGACACAGGUGAUUUUACUCAUUAAAAAAACCUCAUUCAUGAAUGCGCCUGAAGGCUUGGUUUAGCAGUCAUGGAUGACAAGGCCUCGGUGGGGAAAAUUAGCGUGUCGUCCGACUCGGUGUCCACCCUCAACAGUGAGGACUUUGUGCUGGUGUCCCGGCUCGGGGACGACACGCCGUCCACUAAUAACGGUAGCGAUGACGAGAAAACAGGACUCAAGGUGAUUUCUGAGGAAGGGGUACGCUUGAAGAUUGUGGGGAACGGUAGUGAGCAGCAGUUGCAGAAGGAGCUGGAGGAUGUUCUGAUGGACCCGUCGGUUGCUGAGCUGGCGGGAGGCGGCGGCGACAUGGCCGCAGGGGAUCGUGGUUACCCCACCACAGCAGCCCCGCCUACUCCACAGAGCCCCGCCCCUCCCAGCAGUGCUCCACCCAGCGCCCCACCCAAAUUGGAGAUGGUACUGCCAGUCCAGUCGUCUCAGGAGAGCCAACUGAACGAGCAGUCAUACAGGGUUGAGUCGUCGGAGGCGAGCCCUCCGCCGGAUGAGGACAGUGUGGUGUUCAGCAAGCUGACGUACCUGGGCUGUGCGUCGGUCAACGCCCCGCGGAGUGAGGUGGAGGCGCUGCGCAUGAUGAGCAUCCUCAGGAGCCAGUGCCAGCUCCCGCUCGACGUCACGCUCUCUGUGCCCGUGGUCUCCGAGGGCACCGUCAGGUUGCUGGACCCUCAGACAAGCACAGAGAUCGCCAACUACCCCAUCCACAAGAUCCUGUUCUGUGUGCGUGGCCACGACGGUACUGCGGAGAGCGACUGCUUCGCCUUCACCGAGAGCCACCACAACACAGAGAUCUUCCGCAUCCACGUCUUCCGCUGCGAGAUCCAGGAGGCGGUCAGCCGGAUACUCAUCAGUUUCGCCACGGCCUUCCGACGGUCAGCCAAUAAGCCUCCUCUGGCAGCGCAGGCCCCGCCCCUUACGCCAGACAGCGAUGUCUUCACCUUCACCGUUAGCCUGGAGAUCAAAGAGGAUGAUGGGAAGGGAACCUUCAGUGCCGUAUCCAAAGACAAGGACAGGCAGAGCUUCAAGCUGCGCCCAGGCAUGGACAAGAAGAUCGUCAUCUACGUGCAGCAGACGUCCAACAAAGAGCUGGCCAUUGAGAGGUGUUUUGGCCUGUUGUUGAGUCCAGGCAAGAAUGUGAAGAACAGCGACAUGCACCUGCUCGACCUGGAAUCAAUGGGGAAGAGCUCAGAUGGGAAGUCCUACAUCAUAACGGGGAGCUGGAACCCAAACACUCCUCAGUUUCAGGCUGUCAAUGAGGAGACACCCAAAGAUAAGUUCAUGUACAUGACGACGGCGGUGGACCUGGUGAUCACAGAGGUGGAGGAGCCGGUGCGUUUCCUCCUAGAGACGCGGGUGAGGGUGUGCUCGCCCAGCGAGAGGCUUUUCUGGCCCUUCAGCAAGCGCUCCUACACUGAGACCUACUACCUGAAGCUCAAACAGGUGAGCAGAAGCACCUUUAAAGUUGACCGAUAUUUGGCAGACCCUUCUAUCCAAAGCGACACUGAAUCAGACCUGGGUUGCCAUAAUGUGCCCUCCCCGCCUGAGGAUGAGGAGGAGGAAGAUAACGACGAGCCCCUGUUGAGUGGCUCUGGGGACGUGUCUAAGGAGUGCGCUGAGAAGAUCCUGGAGACGUGGGGAGAUCUGCUGUCGAAAUGGCACCUGAACCUGUCAGUGCGGCCCAAGCAGCUCCCUGCCCUCGUCCGCAGUGGCGUCCCUGAAGCCCUCAGGGGCGAGGUGUGGCAGCUCCUCGCUGGUUGCCAUAACAACGACCACCAGGUGGAAGAGUACCGGACGCUAAUCACAAAAGAGUCGCCUCAGGACAGUGCCAUCACCAGAGACAUCAACCGCACAUUCCCAGCCCACGACUACUUUAAGGACACAGGUGGCGACGGCCAGGACUCCCUGUACAAGAUCUGCAAGGCCUACUCUGUGUAUGACCAGGAGAUUGGCUACUGCCAGGGACAAUCCUUUCUGGCAGCUGUGCUUCUUCUACAUAUGCCAGAGGAGCAGGCGUUUAGCGUGUUGGUGAAAAUCAUGUUUGACUACGGUCUCAGGGAUCUCUUCAAGCAGAACUUUGAGGAUCUGCACUGCAAGUUCUUCCAGCUCGAGAGACUCAUGCAGGAGUAUAUCCCAGACCUGUAUGCCCACUUCCUGAACGUGGGUCUGGAGGCGCACAUGUACGCUUCACAGUGGUUCCUCACCCUCUUCACAGCCAAGUUCCCCCUCUACAUGGUGUUCCACAUCAUUGAUCUGCUGCUCUGCGAGGGCAUCAGUGUGAUCUUUAAUGUAGCGUUGGCCUUACUCAAGACGUCUAAGGACGACCUGCUCCAGACAGACUUUGAGGGCGCGCUGAAGUUCUUCCGGGUCCCAGUGCCAAAGCGCUACCGCUCUGAGGAGAACGCCAAGAAGCUGAUGGAGCUUGCCUGCAGCAUUAAGAUCAGCCAGAAGAAGCUGAAGAAGCAUGAGAAGGAGUACCACACCAUGAGGGAGCAGCAGGAGCAGCAGGAGGCCCCCAUCGAGAGAUACGAGAGGGAGAACAGGCGGCUGCAGGAAGCUAACAUGCGUCUGGAGCAGGAGAAUGACGACCUGGCCCACGAGCUGGUCAGCAGCAAGAUUGCCCUGCGCAAGGACCUGGACAAUUCUGAAGAGAAAGCGGACGCUCUGAACAAAGAGCUGCUGAUUACGAAGCAGAAGCUGGUUGACUCAGAGGAUGAGAAGAGGAGACUGGAGGAAGAAUCAGCACAGCUGAAGGAGAUGUGUCGAAGGGAGCUGGACAAAUCUGAAUCAGAAAUCAAGAAGAAUGGUUCCAUCAUUGGCGAGUACAAACAGAUUUGCUCACAGCUGAGCGAACGUCUGGAGAAGCAGCAGACGGCCAACCGCGGUGAACUGGAGAAGAUCCGGCUGAAGGUGCAGGGCUGUGAGAAGUGCAGUGGGCUCUUCAGUAAGGAGGGCCGCCUGAAGGUGGCGCCGGUGAGCAAGCCAGGUGUGGAUGAAGACCCGGACCAGGAGAAGGAGGAUCUUCAGAACCAGCUCAGGGAGAUGGAGCUGGAGCUCGCCCAGACCAAACUACAGCUGGUGGAGGCAGAGUGCAAGAUCCAGGACCUUGAGCAUCACCUGGGCCUUGCCCUCAACGAGGUCCAGGCGGCCAAGAAGACCUGGUUCAACCGCACGCUGACCUCCAUUAAAACGGUGACUGGAGCCCAAGGCAAGGAGACCACCUAACCAAGAGCACAGAGAACGACAACGCACAGAGAGGAGGGAGGGAACGAGGGAGAAUAAAAACACAACAGAAAAAGACUGCUUUACCUCCCUCCCUCCCCCUGACUCCCCCCUUCCAUCUUUGGUCUGUAGUGCCUCCCUUCUCUACCAGACCAGGAUCAAUGAAAAACCAACCAACCACGUUUGCUUUUCUUGUCUUUCUCUGCGUCUUUUCUUUCCUUUCUUUUAUUGUUUUUUUUUUUUUUUUUUUUGUUUUUUUUUUUAACAAAUGAACUUGUAUUGCUCGUAGUGGUCAGAUUGGACUGGAAAUUAAAUUUCAAAAUGAACCAAACCAGUGAUCCGUUGGUGAAGCUGGAGAGAGCGAUUUAACUCCUGGAUCUUUAGACUACUGAUAUUUAACAGCGUAUAGGAGGGAGGCCUGGGCUGUCUAGAGCACCUGUGCCGCCUCACCUGGGAUCAUAGACACACUCCAUCAGCAGCACUACAGAUGCUGACCACACACACACACACACACACACACACACACACACACACACACACACACGUCUCCAACUGAAGCAAAGGUACGAGCAUUAAAACACCAUCUCCUCACACUGAUUUUUGUUACUCUGAUUUCCGUUUGACUGAUGACGUUUUCAUUUCUUCUGACAUAACCGAAUGCGGGGUGUGUGUACAGUAUGUGUGAGAGCGAGAGAAUGAAACAAAUGCAGAUGAAUGUACAGUAAGUGAGAGUGGUUGAUUUGUUUUUUGUUGUUAUUUUGGUUUUAUUGUGAAGUGGAAGAUGCAAAAAAAAAACAAAACAACUAAUAUUUUGUUUUUGCUGACCGAGUCCGUUGGAGGAAAAAAGUACUUUGAUGAAGCCUUGAUGCACAGAAUUGAAGUAAUGAGGUUGACCAGAGAACGGUGAAAGGAGAUCAAUGUCCACAAAGCAUUUUUAGCCAUCGCCAUAGCAGCAUCAGUAUGCCCUGGUAACAUCAGUAGCAGACAGCACUCCAGAACUCUUAGCAUGGUUCUACUCCUCUGCUGUGGGUGCCAGGCCUCCCCCUCCUGACUAACCCAGACGGCUGCACUGAGACGGGGAAUACACUCAUUCACACACACAUUUCUUUAUUUCCUUUUUGAUGACCUCUUAACAUCAGUGCCGGGGCAGCAGAUGUAAAAAUAGACAGCAGAUGUAAAAUAGCCUUUUGGUUAUUUCUGGCGAAAUUACAGUUGUUUCUUUAUGUGCACUUUUCCUGUUAAAUAAACAUUAAAAUAAAUAAAUACAUAAAAUGAACAUAUACAGUAUAUACCUGUACACUAGCCACCAUCUUAGCUGUAUGGUUGUUCUACCUGUCUCUGUCUACCUGCUGAUCCACUGGCUUAGGAUGGGAUAAAGCUACUCUUACAUCACCACAGAUAGAGCAGAGAAGAUGGCCUGUGCGUGUGUGCUUCUCUGCAUUUAGAUCUAUUAUCUACAGCACUUAUUAGCCCAUGAUGGACAAAGACGUUCAGAUGAAACUUAGAAGAAUGGACUAAAGAAGGAAGGCAGAAGAGAGUAGGAUUUGUGUGUGUGUGUGUGUGCGUGCGUGAGAAAGAGUGUGUCCAAGUGUGUGUGUGUCUAGGAUUAUGGGCGUUUGUUCACUCUUGAGAACUGAACAGGGGUGGGGAAGGAAGGUCUUUGCACCUUACACAUAUUUAUAAAGGGGUGGGGGGGAGACCCAGCUUGCUUUGGAAUCGACACCGUCAUCAGCGGCAGCGCCUGUGCCUGAGAUGACUUACUCAGAGUUCUGUCCCUGAAGGCACUGACGCCAACUUCAACUUGUACAUAAGAAGCCUAACAAAGUUUUUUGUUUGUUUGUUUAUUUUGUAUUUCUACUCUCCUUGGUAACUGUACUAAUAUUGCCUAAUUGUACUGUGUUUAAAAAAAAGAGAUGAUGACUCUUUAAUUUUUUUUUUUGCUCAACAGCAACAAGAGAAAAAAACAACGCUUUUUUUCCCGUCUCAUGUCAGAAACUGCUGUCACAUCUAUUCCAUGCCAAAAUGUACCUUCACCCGACAUUACCAACGUGUGGACAUUGUACUAGUGUAGGUUGCAUUGUGUAUACAUCAAGAUUUCAAUAUAAAGCUAUGACCACCUGCCAUCUCA